AUGACCACCACCACAACCGUUUCGAUCGAUGCUGCAGUAGAAGCAACAACAAUUUCUUUGGGAGAUGAGAAAUGUUAUGUGGAAUCUGAAGUUGACACAGCAACAGCGGGGAAAACAACAAAAGCCAAAAGACCAGCUGCAGUGGUUGAUAAGCCUCACGCCGCUGUUUCUGCUUCUUUGCCGUCGAUUUCAUCCUCAAAUGAUGUUAUGACUGCUGUUGCUGUCGACGAUGACACAGCCCGUUCAAGAUCAACAGUGGACGAAAAGGGGAUUCCAGCACAGCCCUCCUCCAUUUCCUCCUCUACCUCCAUUUCACUAGUGUGCCGCACCUUCAAACGAAAUUCUCAUCUCAGUCAAAACACCGCCGCCCUUGAACAACAGCAACAGCAAGCUGUUCCAACUGCAUCUUCCUCCUUACCACCGUGCUCCUCUUCACCAUCUUCACCCUCGACCUCUACCUCCUCGACAUUUGUUGAGGGUUCUCUGGAUGAAGUUCUGUUGACUGCUCUUCAGAAUCGACAAGAUCGACUGUUCUUGCUCAAGUUGGAGCGAGAGUAUUGCAACUUUAUCCAGGACCCAAGCAAGGAGGUGCUGGAGUUUCCAUGGCUCAAUUCGUAUUUCCGGAUGAUGAUCCACCGGUCGGCCAUCUACUACCGGUUAGCACGUACUGUUGACGCCGCGCAAAAGAAGAUUAUCCUCUCCAAGACCGAACACACCUCCAUCCCAGUACUUCGAUUCCAAGAACUGGUGGAGGAGGAAGAUGUCCCUGUCAAAUCCUUCAAGGUCUUGAGAAGAAGCCCACUCCGCCCAGUCAGUGCCUGUGAAGCUCGGGGGUCUACGGUGGCCGCCAUUACCAUUCCUGGAGUCGCAUCCUCAGCACCUACACAGUCUUCGCCAUGGCAAGAGCCAGGAGGACAGUUGACUGGGAGUGGGAAUGAUCGAAGGGGGACUGGGACCACUUUGGAACAGCGGGAGGCGGCGUAUGCGAAAGCUCGGGCGAGGAUCUUUGACACUGGAGAUAAAGAUGAAGAGGAGAAGGAGAACAACCGUGAGGAGCAUGAGCACCCGUGUCAAGACGCGUCGUCAACUCCGAAGGGAGAACCCCGUUGGUCGCCUUCAGUUACAUCGGGCACAUCAUCACCAACAGUGAGAACAAUUGCCAGUACAGUCGACUCGCUAUCAAAGUUGGACCUUAGUCAAGGGCAUGGGCACAACAAGGCCAGGAGCGAUGUUACUCGACGUACCAGUACAAGUUCGACCAUUUCCUCGUCAUCUUCGUCCUCAGGGGCCACCAUGGCGGAUAUUAGUGCCAGGACUGAUAUUGUCGGAUCAUGGAUGAUGGGCGGUGGUGGUCAUCGCAAUGUUGCGCCGAAUAACGCGUCGUAUUGUGAAUGCGGAGCGGAUCAUGGAUUAGUAGGCCACGAUGUCGCGACUGGAGCUCAGUACAACACCCUUUCGCGACGCGCAUCAUGUGCAUGCCACAACCAUCGUCAACAGCCCCAAGAACCACAUCAUCACCACCACCCUGCAGUAUGCUCUUGCCAGAACAACCACGGACCUUCUCAGCAGAGCUCCUCUUCUAUGCGGCAUCCUUCGUCGGUUCAUGGUGGAUACCCCACUGCCUCUGCACUCCCUAGGCACCAGCAACAACAGCGCCAGCAGCAGCUUCAACAACAGCGACUGUUCAUCCCAUGUAACCAGCAGUAUUAUUCACAACAAUACCAACACCACUCACACCCACACCAGCAUCCGCAUCAGCAUCAGCAUCAGCACCAUCCUGGACAUCAGCAUCCUGUCCAAUAUGGACACGCGCACGUAUGUGCACGGUUAGACCCGCAGGCACAGCAUCAACAUCAAUAUCAAGGUCACCAGCAGCACCGUCAACCGCAUUAUAUCCAGCAAUAUCAGACUCACCCUCACCAACAGUCGCACCAGUCCCACUGCUUCAUUCCUCACCAUGCCUCCUCUCACAGCCAACACAACAGAAGCGUUGGAGGUAGCAAUUCUGGCUUGCAAGACCCACGCUGGCUCGACUGCAUCCCCCGUCCGGAGAUACAACCUUCUCAUUAUAACGUCUCCCCAGCCAACAGCGUCAGCGGAAUGGUUAUAGAGUCAAACCCAGCACCCAUUCAGGAUGUACCUCCAACACAUCCAGGACUGUUCCAAGUUUCCGUGCGACCCUACCCUUCCUCGAAUGGCUACAGACCCUGCCGCCAAGGGAUCUCACUCCCACAGCAGAUGACUCGACAAACUCAGCAACGACAACAUCGUCAUCUUCCGGGUCAAGGUCAAACGCAAGGACAGCAGGGCCAAGGGCAGAACCAUAGUGAGCAAAGGCAACAUCAGCAGCGUCAGCAGAGCAGCGCACCCAACACUCGCCAGCAGCAACAGCAGCAGCAACGUGGACAACAACAGCAAGCACAACAACACCAGCAACAAAAGCUGAGUGUCGGAUCAAUUGAUCAUCCCCACUCUCCCGCACCUACCUCUACCUCUUCCUCUUCCUCAUCGUCCACAUCGUCUUCCUCGUCUACAAAAAGGCACUCGCACGGUGGUGGGAGCGAAGGACGAAAGGAAGUGCGAGGAGCUUCUUCUCAUACCCGCCACCACAAUCAACGCCAGCAUGAGCAACAUCAUCAACAGCAGGACUCUAUCAAAAGCCGCGAGGACUCGUUACACGUCCCGAUCACGGUCUACGAUGUGGAGCGCAGGCCACCCAAAUCUACGGAACUCUACGAUCCAUAUGCCACCGCCACUAAUACUCCUGUGUGUGGAAGCGGUAGUAAAUCCCGGGAUCAACACAAGCACUAG